UGAUUAAUCCAUCCUUGCUGGCAGGUUUGAUACCAUCUGCACAACAAAAAUAUUCAACAAAUUACAAUUUUCAAUAUAAAAAAAUUGCACUAUAAAUACCACCCCAGUAUAUACUACAACCUGCCAUAGUGACAUUCUUCUUCUGGUUAGCUACUCUUCCACAUAUACUAUUGUUAGUUUCUGUAUACAGUUUCUCAAAAUACUGGUUGAUUUAGUUUUUUUCAUUUUCAGGCAUUGCAAGCACCAAUUCAGGAGUUGUAUCUUCAAAGAUGGCUGAAAUUAGGAUUACAUAUGAUACUAUUUUGAGCCUGAUUCUUGGUCAUCUAGGCCUCCCUCAGCAUUUUUAUAAGAUAACUCAACAUCCACACUCCAAAAUUUUCAAAGCCACACUUUAUUACAGCUAUAAUGAUUCAACUAUUGGUAAAAUAGAAGGAGAAACAGUUGGCUUCAGUUUGGAAGAUGAUGACUAUGCUAGAGAGGUGGCAGCUCAGCAUGCUAUAGAGUCUUUAAAGUGCCAUUACGGGUUCAACAUUUUCGACUACAAUAGGCCUAAGCUAGAUGAAGCCAGACAGCUGACUGGGACAAUGAAUAGCACAAUGAACAACAAAAAUAGUCAGAUAAGUGGAUGAGAGUCAAAAAGAAAAAUAAGGAAUUUAAAAGCACUUUGCUAAAGAUAAGCACACUUGUGGGGAGUUCAAUGAUAGGAGAAAAAGACUCCUGAAUAUGAAGGAGUGAUCUAACAACUAGGGCAUAUAUUUUGAUGAUUCACAUGACCCCAACUAAAUAUAUCGUAUGUUAGGCUAGUGUUUUGUGAGUUGUAACAAUUAGUAUAUCUUUUGUUAGUCCAACAGAGUGGCACUUUUUGUUAGUCCAGCAACCUGGAACUUUUUAUGGUCUACCACUUAUGUUAGACAUUACUAGUAACAGGUUACUACUUUUGUGGGUAGGUCACAUAUAUUCUACCUAAUUGUACAAACAGUAUAUCAAUUAAUCAAAAAUUCUGUUCAGUA